UCAUUUCCUGAUAUCGGGAGCUGAUCAGCUCUGGAUCUUGGCCCCUAGGAUGCGUGUCUUGACUCCUGGGCUCGUGAGGGGACUGCAGCAGUAGUCUGGUCAUGGCGUUUCCUCAAGGAUACUUGUAUCAUUCGUCUCUGUCUCUGUACUCGUGUCCUCCGUACGGCUCCAGCGCGAUCACGGGACCGCGCACGGAUGAUCUGGGACGGUCCUCCAGCGGAUCUGCUUUCGCCCCGUACGCGUCCCCAGCCUUCAACUCACUCCGGUACAGUCCCGAACCCACAGCCCCCUUCACUUCCUACGGGGGCUCCCCAUAUGACCCUUCUCCAGGCAUGACCGGCUCUGUAGGCUAUCACCCGUACGCCGGUCCCCUGGGCGCGUACCCGUUUGGAGACCCCGCUUACCGGAAGAACGCCACACGAGACGCCACCGCCACCCUGAAGGCCUGGCUCGGCGAACACCGGAAAAACCCUUACCCCACCAAAGGAGAGAAAAUCAUGCUGGCCAUCAUCACCAAGAUGACCCUCACCCAGGUGUCCACCUGGUUCGCCAACGCGCGCAGAAGACUGAAAAAAGAGAAUAAAAUGACUUGGACGCCACGGAACCGGAGCGAGGAUGAAGAUGAGGAGGACAGCAUUGAUUUAGAGAAAACCGACGAGGACGACGAGCCGCUCAAAACAGCCGAAACAGCACAGACGACCAAAGACUCAGUUGUCGAGAACUGCACGGAAAGCCGCACGGAAGAUCCGGACGCGACGGACAGUGUCAUCAUCGACGGUGGAGAAGAAGAGGAGCAUCGGACAGAGUCUCCGGUGCCCACGACCUCCUCUCCCCGAGACGAGCAGAGCGGAACCGAGAAGCCCCUCCGUGAGAGCCGCGAUCCCGCAUCUGUCGUUCACUCCGAGAACCCGACCCCCAAACCCAAACUCUGGUCUCUGGCCGAGAUCGCCACGUCGGAUAAGAGGAGUGACGAAGCGUCACAGCCGUCAGGGGCGUCAUCGCCCGCCGGGUUUCCCCCCAGACACUUCUACUACACAUCUCCUUUCUACGCGGGCUUCACGAACUAUGGCGCGUUCGGACACCUGCAGGGUUCGAGCCCGGCGCAUCUGAGCGGGAUUAAUCAGAUUGUGUUACACCGAGCGAGAGACAGCACACUGACUCUGGACAUGUGCAAAGAGCUCACCUCCGAGCACAGGAGGCCGAAUGUUUAGAGCUUCUGUUCAUUUUCUCUUCAUUGAAAUGUAGGACGAAAGGCAAAUGAAAAGCGUUCUUCUGAGCUUUCCACGAAGCGUAAAACUUUUUUUUUUAUGGGCCUAUAUUUAAAAGAGAACAUUCUUUUCUUAACACAUCUA